AUUAUCUAUCACCUUCAGUCUAUUAAGCAGUGCCUAGUGUAGGAACAACAGCAUUCCUAAACUGUCUACAGUCAGUAGGUGUAACCUCUUAGUGAAGCACAGAGGAAAUAAAACUGUUAGCCACUGCUACUCCACUCACCAACAAUACAAAGUUAUGGAUUGGUUUCCAUUGUACUCCCUGCUCCUGAUGAGUUUGCUGCCUCUCUACAGUGCAGCCAACAACACAACUUCAGCAUCCACAGUCUCUGCUACUACAAUGCCCAACGCCAGCACCACGGCCACACCAAUUGAUGGCAGCACAGCUUUAUCAUCCACAGUCUCUGCUACUGGAUCACCCAGCAUAACAACGCCUAGUGUAACACCUACACUAGUGAAUGGAAACACAAGUUCAUCAUCCACGACCGAUGCUCACACAGCACCCAGCAGCCCAAAUAGUGGGAUUAUAUCUACAACAAGAAAUGUCAGGACAGCAUCAGCACCUAUAGACACAGGAAGAAACAGUACUACAUCCAUGUCAGCAAAUAACAGCACAUCUUUGGCGUCAACAGUCGCUGCCUCUACAGAAGCCAACACAAGAAACAACAGUACUACAUCCAUGUCAGCAAAUAACAGCACAUCUUUGGCGUACACAGUCGCUACGUCUACAGGAGCCAACACAGGAAGCAACAGUACUACAUCCACACCAGCAAAUAACAGUACAUCUUCAGUCCCUACAACUGGAGCUUGUGCAGAUCCACCAGCACUGUGCUGCCGUGGACAGGACAACAGCUGUAGGAGGGGACUGUGUUACUGUGACGAGAUCUGUGUGAGUUUAAACGACUGCUGUCCUGACUACAGCUCCACCUGCCCAAAGUCUCUGAACGUAACUGUGAGUGCUAUUAACGUCACAUCUGUAAACACAACUGCAGCUACCAACAUGACCACAGAUGUCUCGACCACCACCAGCUCAUAUACAGAUUACCAAACAGUGACUAUUCACCUAAAAGCUUCCCUUUUAUCCCCAAAUGGAGACAAUAGGCAGGUGAUUACAGAGGCUUUUCUUAAUUUUCUAUACCAGGCCUUUCUCCAGCAGAACUGUAAUGGCUGCACUGCAGCAGUCAAACAAAUUAAACUCACCUAACAAAGCAUCUGUACUCCAGGCAAUGAAAGCAUGAAUGUGGCUACAGCUGUACUGUGAUAACAGACAGCAUGACUCUUAAAGACAUCAUAACCAUUUGUUAAAUCUAAAUAAACUGUUAAAGGGCACUAUCUGUACUACAUAAUGUAUGUUAGGUCAGCCUGAUCAGCCAAAAAUAGAUCAAGGCAGUGCUAUUCAACUGAAGAGGGCCUGUAAAUGGUAUUCCCACACUUCUAAGGAGGGGGCAAAGUCAAAAGUUAAUUGGAAGCUGGAAGUGGUGGUUCUGGCCCAUUUGAACUACAGACAUCAGUUAAAUUAACUGUGAAACUAAGGUCUCAUUUCAGCAGUGCAGUAUUUCAGAAGCCAAGUCAACAAGUCCUCGAUUAAAGUACAUGAUAAAACAAUGUGUCACUCUACAGAAAAAGUGAAAUUCAAAUUUGUAGUACUGUUCAACUGCUGUGGAUUUUUUUCAUUAUCAAUUAAUUGUUGUCAUUAUCAGUUAGUCUGUUGAUUGAUUGAAAUAUCAGAAAACGGUGGAAAUGUCUUAAAAUGUUAGACAGUCCAAAACCAAAAGAUGGUUAUUCUGUUUCAUAGAGAACGGUCUCAAAAACAUAGCACAAAAUAUUGACAUUAGUAGAAUUUAGGAGGACAUUUAAACAAUAGAUUCAUAUUCACAUCAAAAAGAAACGCUGCAUAUAUCUGAGAUAGAUUAUUUACACUGUAUUGUAGCAUCCAAAUGUUAUAUUCCUAUGAUAUAUUGUAAAGCUUAUACUCUGAUACCAGCAGAACUACAUAUCACAACUUAUUACUAAAAACACUGACCACUACACAUUCACAGAUUCAACAGUUUAUGUUCACAUUAAAAAGUGCCAAUGCAUGUGUCCAAUACAUGAGUUAUGUGCUUUGGAUAUAAAAAAAAAUAGCCCACAAAGCCUAGAGUAUUACUUAUUGAAGUUGGUUACUCAUUUUACAACGCACUUAAACACAAAAUAAGGAUGAAUUAAUUCUCACAAGCAACUGUAGCAGCUCUUAUGCACAACAACUUCUACAAACAAUAACAAAUGACUAAUUCCAACAAAUUCCAAAUAUUUAAAAACCAUGGUGAACUCUGUCCAGGUGCAAACACAUCAGCAGUGUGCAGUAUGCUAAUAUAACCUCCACAACGUUCAGCAGCAACAACAUAAAAGAUUCAGAGUCCAAACUGAAUGAAAAUAUAAAUGAAAUAUAAACACUGGCAGAAAGCUACAGAGCGCCUUUUAGCCAUCAGGAGAGAAAUGAAACCAGCAAGCAAAGAGACAGACAGAAGACUUAAUUUAUCUGACUCACGUUGUUCGACGUGGAGGCCCAUUUUCCUUUCUUUCAUGUUUCUGUCAUGGAGGUGAAGUGGUCAUGAAUUAUCCAUGUCACACAGCGUUAAUGUCCCACUGCAUGUGUUGCUGUAAUGGUCAGUCCGUUUCAUUGUUGCCAUAGCUUCUCAUAUCCUCGUGGGUAAUGUCGGCUAACCGGAACAAUGUAAAGCAAACUAACUGUUUCAUUUAGCAGUUAAACAAUGUUAAAUUUCUUUUAAUUAUCAUAAAGCCAGAGCGCGACUAGCUUCCUUCACGGUUCGCUUAAAUUUAUUUACCAGAAAUAUUGUUUCGCAGUAGCCCCCACUGAUUCUUAGUAUAGUUUACCAUGUUUGUGGGUAAUUAACUUCACCUGUGUUUUCUUGUGUACACCGCACGAUUGGGUGCAAUAUUAUUUUUGACCACCCAGAUUCAAUUACAUGUAUCAACCAUUGCAACCCAGAGGGGCGCUGUUUCACUCCUUUGAGGAAAGUCAGUGAAAACCGAUCGAGAGCCGAGACAAGUCUGUGAUGUGGCAAGAAAAGUAUAAAAUAUUUUCAUUAAAAUCACAAUCAUAGCUUUUUUCUGCUUUGAGAAUAUUGUGAUAAUUGGGAUUUUGGGCAUACACGUGUCAUGAUGAGCUCCCACAGGGAAGCCAGGCAUGGGAUAACUAUUGAGGAAGAAUAGUGACAACUAUAUGUUAAUUUUCAAACCUAGACCCACAGUUAAACCGUAUGUGUACACCACAUCCUAUUAAUUACCCAUUAACUAGAGCUUCUGAAAAACAGAGAAUGCAAUGCCAGUCAGUCAACACCUGUGCUAAGAUCACCUGGAUCCAACACGAUUUUACUAAUUUUGCUACUGCUAAUGUCUUUACUAACAGCUUAUAAUGUACAGAACAAGUAUUUGCAUAUGUGAUGAUAAUGUGACUGUGGGCUUGUAUCUGUGUGUUUUACGCCUGAAUGUACCCAUUUUGCUGAAACACAGUCAAUCUCAUUAUUUGCUUUGGUCUUGCCUUGGAAUUUAUUUGUUUGGUGGUACUUUAUAUACAUUACAUAUCCUAAUCAACCUAAUGGUAUAUGGUGAUAUAGAAUAGAAUGCCCUUUAUUGUCAUUAUACUAAAAGUACAAUGAGAUUGGAGAGCUUGGAGAUUGGAGACAUUUUUGUAGUUUGUAUUGUUUUAUAUUGGGAUUCAUUUUCCAGUGCCUGAGUCUUAUACCAUGACUGCCGCAUUGCAAAUACAGUACAAUGUGUUUAAAGCACAAUAUGAAUGUUUUACUACAAAUGGAUCACUAUCUGUUGGAAAGAAAUUUAAUGUGAAAUAAAUGAUAACUGAAAUGCU